UUGUUUGCUUUGAUGCCAAGAUAAACUUUGAUGACAACGCAGAAUUUAGGCAAAAAGAAAUAUUUGCCAUGGAUGACAAGUCUGAAAAUGAGCCUAUAGAAAACGAAGCUGCCAAAUAUGACCUGAAAUAUAUAGGACUGGAUGGAAAUAUUGCUUGCUUUGUGAAUGGAGCUGGUCUUGCAAUGGCAACGUGUGAUAUAAUAUCCCUGAACGGGGGCAGGCCAGCCAACUUCCUGGACCUCGGCGGAGGGGUGAAGGAAGCCCAGGUCUACCAAGCGUUCAAGCUGCUGACUGCCGACCCAAAG